AUGGAUCAAAAAAGAGAAAACGAACCUGUGAUUAUAGUCUUAAGAUGCCUCAUCAUGCUCUGCUUUUGUACUUUUGGUUCCGCUCAAAGACUCUGCACAGUACCUGCUGGGCCUGUGGCUGUCCCAGAGAACAACACUGCUGACCUCGAGGUGGUUAAAAUCAGCUCUGGGAGUGACGUAACACUGACUGUUGUGGUGAAUCCCGAAGAAAAGUUUUAUCUGAAAGGCAAAGCCCUGAUGGUGAAGAAGGAACUGGACUAUGAGGCUUUACCCAAGGGAGCAGCUCUGGUGGUAUGGGUUCAAUGCAGCAGACCAGGAUCCAAAUCUGUCAACGAGUCCGUUGAAGUGUUGGUGGAAAAUAUAAAUGAUAAUCCCCCAAAUUUUGCUCAGAAUCACUAUAUUCUGGACGUAGACGAGCUGACUCCAAUCAAUUCCAGUGUUGGCCUGAUAGAAGCUACUGAUGCUGAUUCGGAACCACUGUUUUAUCGCUUAGAGUCAGCCAUGGAUAAAUACUUCCGUCUGGAGAACAUCAACACGCCAAACUUAGUUGUUAAAAGUGUAAUAGACUACGAUGUUGUGCAGAAAAUCUCCCUAGUUUUACACGUCCAGGACACAUUCAAUGGUUCAGCCUCCAAUGAGCCCUUCUUCACAUCCGUGGCGACCAUCGCAGUAAAUGUGAAGGACGUAGAUAACAGGCCGCCAUGGUUUCAACCAUGUGUAAGGACUAAUUUAGGGCUUGCCAAACUGUGUGUGAGCACUGGCUAUAGAGGCAAAGUCAAUCUGACGGAGAAGGAGGAAGGCCCACUGACGCUGGAACCUGGCCCUGUUUUCGCAAAAGACGGAGACAAGAACCGGAGUGAACAGAUUGGCUACCGGAUUUUAAGAGGGAAUGAAGGAAAUAUAUUCCAAAUAGAUGAGGAUACAGGGAAUAUAAGCAUGACUAAAGCAGUGGAUAUUGUCGGCCCAAUAACUCUCACUGUUCUGGCAUCCCAAGUUACAAACAGGGAUCAGUUUGCCGUGACGCAGGUAACCUUUGAUGUAACCAAGAAGAGCAGAAACCCUCCACACUUUGAGAAGGAGCGUUACGAGGGCUUCAUCUACAGCAACUCUAUACCUGAGAGCAUGAUCCUAAGAGACCGCAGUACCAACAGACCCUUUAGAGUCCGAGCUCGAGAUGAGGACUUUGCUGGUGGUGUCAAUCCAGAUUUAAAAUAUGAAGUGCAGUACAGCAGCUACGUCAAUGUGACCUCAGACGGUUUUGUGAUUCUGAAGAGAGUUGUCAAGACGGAGUCAUUUGCAUUACAGCUUAGAGCAGUGGACUCAUCAACGGGAGAGUUUGGUACAGCCACACUCUCCGUACAGGUUAUACCUGCGGAUGCCAUGCCGUCUCCUUCAAAUAUCGGCUACCGUGCAGGAGACAUGGCGCUCCUUGGCUUGGUUAUGGCAGCUUUACUGGUCCUUUGCCUCAUUGUGAUUGGCUUCUUGAUUUCCCGCUUAUGGAAGGGAAACUCCAGCGUAGACACAAUGUGCGAGUGCUUGGACUGUCUGAAAUCUGAGCAGCCAAAUACAGGUCACAGAGACUCCCUACAGUACACCAAUGACGGUUUCCAGAAUGAGUCCGACGGAAGCCGCGGACGCUGGAAGAACGCCCUUCCCAGGCGGAGCACCUUCCCCGGGGGCCGAGUUACGCCCCUGGGGAGACGCAACCGCCACUGCUCCUCCUGCGGUGUUUUCACUAACCAUUCACCCAAAGGCAGUCCCUCGGUAAGACCAUCCAGAAGAGGGAGGGGAGAUGGAGACGAUUACAGCUCGAGAUCCAUGCUUGCCAAGCAGAGGAGGAAGGAGGGGCUAAAGACAGUGUGGUUUAAGGAGAUCGAGGACUCUUCGGACAUUGAGGUGGAGAUCAUCCCAGACACUGUGGGACGGGUGGAGGAGGAGACGCAGGAGGAGCUGGAAGGGGAAUUGGUGAUGGAGGGAGUAGUCAAAGACCCUACAACCCCAUGCGCAGACACAGAUGUUGGGGAGGAUGAACAGAGAAAUGAACAGGACCACGAUAGCACCACUUCAGACAAGGAAAAGGAAGGCAUUGAGCAGACAGGCUGA